GUUAAACAAGUGCAGACAGGAAGUUAAUCAGCUUCUCUCCAAAAGUCAACAACUGAAGGAGAAAAAUUCAGAGCUGUCUCUGCGCACAUGUGAACUGAGGAGAGAGGAGGAAAGGAAGAGAGAGUGAGAUGACAGAGUGAUAAAGAGAUGGAGAGACAAUAGAGAGAGUCAAAGCCAGAGAGAGAGCGAGGGAGGGAGAGAUAGAACGAGCCAGAGAGAGACAGAGAGAGAUGGGGAAAAGGCGAUAGAGCAAAAGAGGGAGUGAAGCAGAGGAGAGCGGGGAGGAACAGAACAGGAGGUGUAGAGAGAGAGAAAGUGAUAAAGAGAGAGAGUGAGAGAGGUAGGGAGGAGGACAAGCAGCAGCAGCUCAGCUGUUGUUACAACAGGGAGAGCGUGCGGUCGUCGAGGGGAGAGAGCUGUUGCCACGGGGAUUAUUACCGUGUCUGCCGCGACGGCAACGGCCAACAGGAACCUGAGCUGAGGGGAGGUUGUUGGUUUGGUGCCGGCAGACACGAGCCUACAAGCAAGGCAGCAGGGAGCACGAGGAUGAGGUAGGAAAGAGAGGAGAAGAGAGCUGGAGAGAGGGACGAUGUCGGGCUGAACGAGGGAAAAGACAAAGGAGAAUGGAGAAAAAGAGAAAGAGGAGGAGGGAGGUUGAGAGAGAGAAUGAAGAUGUGAGAGUGUGAAACUGCGUCCACGAGGAAGUAAGUGAGCAAGGACGAGCCAAAGAGGAAGAGAAAGAGAGAAGUGCCAGUGUCUGCUCAGGUUAUUCUGCAGAGUUGUAGAAUAUCACUGAUUUCUGCUUCACUCUUCGUCUGUUCGCCUCGUCUUUCGCGUGAAGGAGAAGACGCUCAGUCACAACGUUGAGAAUCCACGGGAGGAAGCAGUUGAUUGGUUGAUCUUUCAGGGAGGUCGGGGGUCGAAGGCCAUGGCGGGCCGACUCCUCCUCUUCCUGAUCGUCUCGGUGACGCUCGGCAGCGCUCACUUCCAGUCCGGCCAGCGUCUGAAGCCCCGCCUCCAGAGAGACCGACGCAACAUCCGGCCGAACAUCAUCCUGAUCCUGACCGACGACCAGGACCUGGAGCUGGGUUCGAUGCAGGCCAUGAAUAAAACUCGCCGCAUCAUGGAGGAGGGCGGGACUUCUUUCUCCAACGCCUUCGUGACCACGCCUAUGUGCUGUCCAUCACGUUCAAGCAUGCUCACCGGGAAGUACGUCCACAACCACAACACCUACACCAACAACGAAAACUGCUCCUCGUUGUCGUGGCAACGGCAGCACGAGCCACGGACCUUCGGGGUCUACCUCAACAACACUGGAUACAGGACAGCCUUCUUUGGGAAGUACCUGAACGAGUAUAACGGCUCCUACGUCCCAGCUGGGUGGAGGGAGUGGCUCGGCCUGGUGAAGAACAGUCGCUUCUACAACUACACAAUGAGUCGCAACGGAGUCCGAGAGAAACAUGGAGCGCAGUACCCACAGGACUACCUGACUGACCUGAUCACAGCCGAGUCCAUCCGGUACUUCCGCUCCUCAAAGCGGGUUUACCCUCACCGCCCGGUCCUGAUGGUGCUGAGCCACGCGGCUCCACAUGGACCUGAAGACUCAGCUCCGCAGUACAGCACCGCCUUCCCUAAUGCAUCGCAGCACAUUACUCCCAGUUAUAAUUACGCUCCGAACCCAGACAAGCACUGGAUCAUGCGUUACACCGGCCCCAUGAAGCCCAUCCACAUGGAGUUCACCAACAUGCUGCAGAGGAAACGGCUGCAGACACUGCUGUCUGUGGACGACAGCAUGGAGAAGCUGUACAACAUGCUGGUGGAGACGGGCGAGCUGGAAAACACCUACAUCAUCUACACGUCUGAUCACGGCUACCACAUCGGACAGUUCGGUCUCGUCAAAGGUAAAUCCAUGCCGUACGAGUUCGACAUCAGGGUCCCGUUCUACAUCAGAGGACCUAACGUGGAGCAGGGCAGCAUUAACCCUCACAUGGUCCUGAACAUCGAUCUGGCUCCGACCAUUCUGGACAUCGCCGGCCUCGACACUCCUCCAGAUAUGGACGGGAAGUCAAUACUGGCUCUACUGGACACUGACAAACCUGCCAACAGGUUUCAAGUAAAUAAGAAGCCGAAGGUGUGGAGAGACUCGUUUCUGGUGGAGAGAGGGAAGCUGCUCCACCAGCGCGUCGAGGGAAAGGAAGUGUCACAGGAGGAGAACUUCCUGCCCAAACACCAACGAGUAAAAGACCUGUGUCAGAGAGCCGAGUACCAGACGCCCUGUCAGCAGACUGGACAGAAGUGGCAGUGUGUGGAGGACGCCACAGGUAAACUACGACUCUUCAAAUGUAAGAACGAAGGGGGAGGGGCAAAGAACUUCCAGAGGGGCGUGGCCGAUCACCAGCAUCCUAUCAGCAUCAAGUCCCAGCUGUACCAUCGCAACUCAGAUGGCUGUGACUGCGACCUACGCGACCUCCGACCUCUGAACCUGCGGCCCACCAUGAUGAGGCCGUUCAACAAGAAGCCGUUCUUCUCCAAGAAGAAGUUCAAAGCCCUGAAGAGUUACUCCAGAAACCGUUACAGCCGCUCCACAUCCAUGAUGAACAGUUACCCCGGUAACCACAGCCUGGUGGGCAUGCCUGACGAGUCCGAGGACGAGUUCAGCGGGAUGGGAGGAGCUCCCAGUGUCGUGGCCCCACCCAACUCCAUCAAAGUCACACACAGAUGUUCGAUUCUGUCUAACGCCUCGGUGAAGUGUGACACAGGAGUGUAUCAGUCUCUGCAGGCCUGGAAGGACCACAAGCUGCACAUAGACCACGAGAUUGAGACUCUGCAGACAAAGAUAAAGAACCUGAGAGAGGUCAGAGGUCACCUGAAGAAGGCCCGCCCCCUGGAGUGUGACUGCAAUAAAUACCUGUACAAGUCCAAACUGAAGAAUAAGCUGAGGUUCCGAGGAGGUGGUCUGCACCCCUUCAGGAAGGGAGGGGCUCGGGAUAAGAAGGCUUGGCUUCUGAAGGAGCAGAAGAGGAGGAAGAAGAUGAGGAAGAUGAUCAAGAGGAUCCGGAACAAUGACACGUGUUCGAUGCCUGGACUGACCUGCUUCACACACGACAACCAGCACUGGCACACUGCACCCUACUGGACACUGGGUUCGUUUUGUGCAUGCACCAGCGCCAACAACAACACGUACUGGUGUCUGAGGACCAUCAACGAGACCCACAACUUCCUGUUCUGUGAGUUUGCCACUGGCUUCCUGGAGUACUUUGACCUCAACACAGACCCAUACCAGUUGAUAAAUGCUGUCAGCUCUUUAGAUCGGAUGGUUCUCAAUCAGCUCCACGUUCAGCUGAUGGAGCUCAGAGGCUGCAGGGGACACAAGCAGUGUAACCCUCGCACACGCUCAGUGGAGCUGGCAGGAGGGCGGGAACACGGCAGCUUCGAUGACUACAGGGUGUUUGAGAGGAGGAAGUGGCCAAGAGUCAAGAAACCUUCAUCAUCUCGAACCCUAGGUCCAAUCUGGGACGGCUGGAAGGGCUAAGCCUCCUGAUUGGUUGGAGCAGGCUCCUGACCCUGCCCACAGCAGCCUGAAGGAGCAGGGCGUGGUCGUCGACGUGGCGGCAUCGCUUGGCAACCAUGCCCCCAUCUCACCGGUCAGCCAAUCAGCUUCUGCCAUUCCUGUGACAUCGCUUGGCCCUCCCACCCUGCUGCUCAGGGAGACGCUGGGACGAAACACCCGACGCACCUCUUCAUCAGCUGCCCCUCCCUCCUUCUUCUCCUCAGCUCCCCCCUUCUCCUUCUCUGAGGGCAGCUCCAGGGGGAGGAGGAUGAGGGUGAUGGUGAUGAAGAGGAGGAGGAGGAGACAGAGAGGUAGACAGGAAAGAUUAGUUUUCCACAUCACACCAGUCAAAUCUGAGAAAGAUAAAACAGCAUUUAUAGAACAAAAACUCUCCUCCUUCUCCUCCUCCUCCUCCUCCUCUGCAGGUGACCUCCCAGCGACCAUAUUUGUUUUACAUGUUCAUAUUUAGUCUCUCUAACAGUCUGUAAAGACAUUAAAGGACCUGUCCGCCCUGUUUUUGUUGUUUUUAAACUCAGACUGAGACAGAAGCAGAAAACAAACUUCACGUCGAACACUGUGACAUCACUGCUGAUGUAAGCGUGAUGUCAUUUUUACUUUUUCUUUUCUUUUUUCUUUUUUUUCUCUUCCACUAACUUGAGCGUUGGUUACCACGGUGACCAACGGCUUUACUGACGACAGAGCAACAGUUGUACUAACUUGGUGACUGACUACAGUACCCACAAUGCAACACAGCAGCCCUGAAGAGAACGAGGAUGAGAACAUUAAAAAAAAAAAUCAAAGAGAACAAACAAGGAAAAGAACAAAAGAUACAAGACUGUGGGAGCUCGAAGUCUUGUAUUGUGUCAUCAGCCAAAAGAAAGAGGAUUACAGGAUGAUGUCAUCGCAUCCAGAACUUGUCACAGCUGUUUUGUGAAUGAAAAACUAGAGAAGAUUUCUUUAAAGUUAAAGCUGCCACCCUGGAAAAACCAUUUUACUCUAUCAUCCCAUUUUAUUUUUAAACUCGUGUUAACCAAUCACAUUCUUCCUUUUGGUCCAGUUAUUUCGUCCUCUCAGCCGUUUUUUUUUUUUUUUUUUUUUUUCAGCCCUGGUGUCCAUUCUCCCCCCUCCCUCCCUCCCUCCCUCCCUCCUCCCUCCCUCCCUCCUUCCCUCCCUCCCUCCCUCCCUUGCCCCAAACAAGCCACUGGUCAGAAAUGUCCAGAGUUCUAAAUUAGAACAUGUAACUUAUAAAAAUGUAAAAUAUAACUGUAGAAAAACAACUGAAUUUGCACAGGAAGUGAGAACAAGGUGGAAGAAUUAAACCUUUGAUGAUCUCUGCCUGUUGUAUUUGAUCCGACACACGUGUGAUGUGACUUUCCGACUGAUUAUGAGCCGGAAAAUUAAAAAAAAAGAAAGAAAUUAUUAGACACAAUCAGAUCUCUGUCAGUGUUAAAACUGCCCCUCAGAUACUCUGACACUGUUAAACAUCCCACUGCAUUUAGAGACAAAGUGUUGUUUUUCUGCAACCUUUUGUGAUUUCCUACAUUUCGCAAAAUGCCUUUCAACAGAGAAGGUUCGUCCAGUUUCGGUAUGGUUUCCAGACAUCACUGGGUUCAGAGGAGCACUGGCUGUUGCCUACAACCUGCAAACCUACAGAUGUUCUGGAAACAUCCUCAGGCUCGUUGGUCUGUAAGAAGAUGUCACUAUCUACUAUCAGCAUCAGCAGGUGAGCAAAAGUAGCUGCAUUGAUUGGCCAGUGUAUAGACCAAUCAGGCAAUAGCUACAGGUCCUCUGUACCAUAUUUCUGUGGGAGCUUAUGCAACCUAGUCAGCGUCUUUAUCAGUACAUUUCUGAUCAAUCAUAACCUCAAUUCUCUGUCCUCAAUUUACUGAUUCAUGUAGUCGAACGUCAUUUACAUGCUGCAGUUUGAUGAUGAUUCUUCUCAAGUUUUUGUCAUCUCAGUUUUUAUUAUUUUUAAUAUUUUGACAUUACACAAACACACACAAUAAAUGUGAUAUUGAAAAAUAAAAAAAAAACAAAGAAAAAAGGCAGUAAAAAAAAAAACAAGUUCUUUUGUAUUGUGUUAUCUAGUUUACCUUCUCUAAGAUGUUGUAUCCUUAAUGCAUGUCAGAAAAUAAUGUCACAUUUGAUGAGUUUUGCUUUGGAUGUUCUUCAGUUAUCAAAAGAAGACCUGUCUGCUACAAUAUUACCUGCUCAAAUUAAUAACUUUGACUAAAUUGUCUUUCGCCUCAGAACAAGUGGCCCAUGAUUCUUCAUCAUGUCAUAUCAGGCUCCUAAAUGUCUGCACCAGUGAGAGAGUUCAUGUCCACAUUGAAAUGAUAAAUAGAACUGACAACAGACAUGGCCUAAUAAUAUGGAAGUGUGUGAUCACUCAGUGUAAUUAAACCCAUAUCUAAGACCAACCGUGCGAUCACAAAAACAUUAGUUCGCUGGUUAAUACUGUGUAGAUGUGGAGUCUUACAGUGCAUCCGUUUUUUUGUUUUUAUGAACAGAAUGAUCAAUAUCAUCAAACUUUUUACAGUGAAACUAUUUUUUUACACAAAAAGUUAUAUUUAAAGUUUGUUAAAAUACCAUAACAUCGUGUAAAUCCACAUACUUCAAUCCAAAAUCAGAACCCAACAGUAUUAAAUUGAAGUGAGAUUCUGGAUCGAACGAAGACAAAAGAGAACGUGAGGCAGCGACCUGAGGACACUAAUUCAGGUAGUUUGGGAGCGUGAUGUGUAUUUGAUGGCAGACAUUAACUGUAUUUGAUGGCAGACAUUAACUGAACACACAAACAUUUUGAAGAAACCAACACUGAUUAUUGGUGACUACCGAUGGUCUCUGGUGUCAAAGUCAUGCUCAGUGAGUGAAUUCAGGCGUUUGACAAACAACUAAUUCUGUUGUGUGUGUGUUUUUUUUUUUUUUUUCAUUCAGUCUGUCUUGGGUCUUUUUCCUCUUCUGUUGUGGAUGUUUUUCCUGUUUGAUUUUUGAAUUUCAAAACCACAUUUAUUAUUGUUUUACUUAACAUUUUCUGCUGUAAAAUCCCAUGAGAGCUUGUUGUUGAUCCACAGGGAGAGGACGCACACCACACCUUAAAACUUCCAUCACAAAUAUCUGUUUUUUUUUCUAACUGUGUAGAAGUGUUUGGGGGGUGAUUUCUUCCUUCCUGUGUGAAUGCAGCUGACCUGUCUGCUGCCUAUAGUUUUUUUUUUUUUUUUAACCCCAAAUGUAUUUGCUCUGCGGUGCUAUUUGCUGUCUAACAACUAUCUAGGAAAAACCUUCUGGUUGUGUUUGAAUGUAUUUGUAAAUGUUUAGGUGUGUUCUCUAAAGACGAGCACUAGAAUCGGACGGUUCUGGACCACCUGAGACUGGACCGACUCGCAUACACACACACACACACACACACACACACACACACACACCUGCACCUGCACUCCCUCCACCCCCUCACACAUACACAUAUAUGUACAAACACACUGAAGGACAAACUGCUGAGCACUUUGAUUGGAGGAUGGAGGGAUGAAUGGACCGAUGGAGGGUUCACGGCGAGACUUGAUGACACAUGAUGUGCAGCCAGUGAUACUGAUCUAACACACCUGUACAGUCACCCACUGACCUGUGGAUACAGUGAUUGGUUUUAGUUUGUGAAUAAAGUGUUGAAUGCCAAAAUCUA